GGCAUCACACCGGCGCUCGCAGUGAAGCUGCAGGACGCGGUGAUUCAGCAGCUCAGCCCACUAGCCGGCGUGCUGGUGCUCGAGACCAGCGAGUCCCUGACCAUGUGCAUUCAUGGUCAGUACUGCUGGUUUUUUGAGCUGACAGAGGGGAGCCUAAAGCAGCGCCGGCAGCUGGCCCGCCAGGUUCGCAACUGCCUGGAGGCAGCGUGGGAAGGAGAACGUGACAGCUCGCUGGCAGGCCUGGGCCUGGCGGACCACCGCGACUGCAGCAACAUGCUGCGGCUGGUGGAGUACGCGCUGGUAUACCCCUUUAAGUGCCUGGCGGACCUACGUGAGGUGCAGCUAGGCCAGGGGAUCAGCCUGUGCACUGUGGGCAUGGACACAGCGACGUUGGAUGCCAUGCUGCACUUCAUCCGGUCUGCGGACCUGGACGAGGUGGAGGCGAAGUCCCGGGAGCUGCACCUGUCGGCGCUGCGCUCGGCGCCAUCGGCCAAGUACAUACCCCUUGCGAGUGCGGUGCUGGGCCAGCAGGCCAGCAAGGACAAGGUGGAGAAGCUGUCCAAGUCCAUCGCGGUGUCCAUGGGGCGGCAGCGCGGGCGAGCAGGCCUGCACAGGCUGGCGAUGCUCAUGACCACAUGCCCAGCCUGCAACAUCACCGACCGGAGACUGGUCGGGCUCCCUGAUAUUGUCACCGGAACAGGCAAUAUUCCGGUGUUCUUCACAUGCUGCUCCAAGCAAGUGGGUAGGCGCGUCGCGCAGGCGACACUGGAAAAGUUGUCGGGUGUGCAGGUGGAGUAGUAGGUGAAAUUUAUCAAUGAUGUGCGCCAAGGGACAUGGGCGCUGAGGGAGGCUGGGUGAUGCAUGCUGGGUGAUGCGUGCUGGGUGAUGCUACUGGAGGAUGGCGCCGGCACCUGCAACCAGUAAUGCCGCGCGUGGUGAGGUACAACAUGCCAUGGGCUUGCGUCUUCGGGGAGCGGCAAGGCACGCCGCCCUCGGGUGCGAAUUGAUAUUUCAAGGGGAGUCCAGUUGCUGCACGGAGCGUAAAAUAGCUUUUAAAGCAGGGCGGAGGAAGGAGGAGCCACUUUGGUUCCUGGAGAGGGGGAAGGUGCGGCUCAGUUGGGGGGAAGCGGGGAGAACGACUUGUCGCCUGCCCGUGUCAGUGUUUGGAAUGAGCGACCCUGGAGCUGCCUGAAGCGGUCGACCAAAUUUCGCGGCAACUGUGUGCCAAGUGGAGGACUUCUUGCGGCGGCGUGUUUCAGUGAAGACUGUGCACGACUCCUGAGUCUGGCAAUAGUUAGGGCUAGAGGGCACGGCUAGAGGGGCGCACGCCGCCUUUUGUUUAGGUUUCCCGCCCACCAUCCUGCUUGAGAUGUGCUGAGUUUGUGCUGAGAUGCAUUCGGUUAGCUCUUUGUGGUCCUUUGUUAAAAGAUCCAGGGGUAGUUUAUGUUGCUGCCCGCCCCAGGAGCAUUGUUAAGAACGUGGGAGAGAGACCAGGACGGUGAUGCAGGAGGAGUAUGCCUGGCAGACACGAUGCCUUAGACUGGCUGUAUUGUGUAAGGUGUGGGCGUC